AAAUAUUUUAUCAUGUGACUAUCACGUGAUUUAGCAAUAAAAUAAAAUGACAAAAUGGCGGACGAACCAAUUGACAGUGGGCAAAAUUCCGAAAUGGUUAAGGAAGAAGAUAUAACUGAAGAGGAGGAUUUUUCAUGUGAAAAUUUUCACGACGGACAGUUAUCUUACGUCGGUCAUGAUAUAGAGUCUCUACCACAAAAGUUGAUUGAAGAUUACUCAAAGGUGACAACAAGAUUAGAUCUGAGCUUUAACCAAGUUAAUAAUUUGCUAGGCCUUGAAGAGUUUUGUCAUUUACAAGAGCUGGUUUUAGACAAUAAUGAAAUCAAUGACUACACAGUGUUCCCUCAUUUACAGCAGCUGCACACACUAACACUCAACAAAAAUAAGUUAACAGAUUUAGAACAUUUAAUAAGUGAGAUCAAAAGUAAGUUACCUAAGCUGAAAUACUUAAGUUUAUUGGGGAAUGCCGCGUGUCCAAAUCAACUCUCGGCACAUGAUAAAGAUGAUGAAGACUAUUUAAGAUAUAGGUAUAAAGUGCUGUAUAAUUUACCAGAGUUGAAGUUUCUAGAUUCAACACAAGUUACAUCAUCAGAUAUGGAGGAAGCCAAACGUGUUGGACCGUUCUUGACUGUUGUUAGAGGCACAGAUGCACCCAUUACAUUUCCAGAGGAGAGUCCCCCAUCUCCAAGCCCUUACUCCCCAUUACCAAAUUCUGGAAGAACUAGUGAAGAGCAUCAAGGGACUUAUGGAAAGAGUAAAUAUGUGUACUAUGGUAAACAUUCAGAAGGGAACAGAUUUAUACGCAAUACUGACCUUUGACCUAUUUAUAAUAAUCAUAAAACUGCUUUGCAUUCGUCUGCUUAAAUGUCAUUUGUGCCAUAAGGUCAUAUGACUUCAUCACUAAGUUAAAGAGAUAUUGCCUUUGUAUAAACUUGGGAUGUAGUUUUGUAGACUUUAGGCGAUAAACUAGGGGUCAGAGGUCAGGGGUCAGUUUAAAUCACCAGCAGCUGAUAGGCCAGUCUUUACUUUGUGUCAUCUGUGAUCAAAAGGUCGAAGAGAUAAUUCACUUUAUUGAAUAAUUUGAAAUUAAAUUAUUCAUGGAUAACUGUUUCUUAAAAGUCGAUUGCGAAAUCUUUGAAAUAAGCAUUUCAUUUAUAAAAAAGUUCCUUAAUCUUCUGCAGUUAUGGAUUUGCCCCACUUUAAAUUUGGAACAGUCCAUUCACAGUGCAGGGUAGCCUCAGGCUCUUUGGUUCCAGGAGAUUAAAAGUUGAAAUAAUGACAAAUUAUUUUGUUAAGAUUUUAUUAUGUUUAUUUCACUAUUAGUGACGGGUUUUGAAAUGUUGUAUCAAAAUUCUUGGGGGUUUUUUUUAGCCGAAGGUUUCAUACUUAAAAAUGUAAAAAAAAAAAAAUCAUAUUUUUAUUGCACAUUUUAUUCAUUUUAAAUUACUUUUUAAAUGGACAAGUUGAAUGAAGAAGCAUGAUUAAAUGUCGUUUGAUGUUGUUGUUAUUGUUUUCAUUUUGAUACAUGUUUUUCAUUUGAUAAAUGUAUAUAAACAAUAUAUUCUGAACAAGUUUUCCUUGCUUGUAUAAUAUUUUGGUAGAUAUUUUUCAUACAAAUCUUAAGUGUUUUUCAUAGAGAUACAGAACUAUUUUCUGCUCAUCUUACAUGGCAGUAACAAUGUUAUUGAAUUUAAGGAAUAGAUACUGAAUACAAUAAGUAUCAUGAAGGAAGAUAAAAAAGUUAAUUCAGUUCAGAAUAGAAUUUAAUAUAGGUAUUCCUGACACUGCUAAAAUUUUAUAAUGGACUUGUCCUCGUUUGAAUUUGGAACAGUUCAUGGGUAGAUAAGGGUAUUCCAUUUUCAAAACCCUUAAUCCUUAACCCCAUUCAGUACUUAUUAUGAAAAUUUUCCCACUCCUUCAAAUGAUAAAUGGUUUUGUCCAGAAUGAAAGAUGGACAAGUCCAUUUAAGAUAUUUAGUGUGGUAAUGGUUAAAUCAAGCAGCCAACAGUAUAAAUUCUAGGCAGACGGCACCAAUGUGCCAGUGCUUACAUAGUUCUAUUAUUAUGGGAUUAGGAAGAAAUUAUUGUAAAUAGCUCUUUUUGACUCAAGUGCAGUCUGUUGGAAUGACAUAAAAGAUUUAAUUCAAUUUCCCUUAAUCUCUAAGCAAGCCAAUAUAAAAUAUUUGUUUUUUCAUAUGUUAUAAAAUCUAUGUUUCCUUUCAUCCGUUAACAAGACAUUUAUAUGUUGGGAUAAUAAAUUACAAAAAGGGAGGACAGGUAUUUUGAAGUAGAAGAGAUUUUUAUCAAGAUUGUUUAUGUUUUCAUACAGUCAAGACUAAUUGACGGAAUUUAGAAUAGAACACUCUAUGUCUACCUCUCUGCUUAGAUAUAAGUAGUAUCUUAUUACACUUUAUUAUCUUUUAUUACAUCUUAUUAUGUUUUAUUACAAUGAAUUGGUUAUUUUAUUACAAUAAAUUGGUUUUAAUGAAUCUACUUUUGUGAGAGCUUAUAUUCUGUAGUAUGUAGACGUAGUUUCAGGAAAUUUUAAUUAGGAGGUUGUCUGUCUAAUUAUUGUAGUUUGUAAUUGUAUUUAUUGUUGGUAAAAUAAACUUAAUAAACAGGGAUAUAGUGCAAUUUCUAGUGUACAAAGGAACUUUGCCAGGAAGAAGAGAAAAGAGAUUUCUUGUUAUACCAGUUUUUAUCUUGACUAUUCAAAUAACAGGGAAAGCUGUUGUACUCACCCCGGUGUUGGCGUCACACUUUGGUUAAAGUUUCUGCUUUGCAAGUGAUUGUCUCCAAAACUACUGAAGGGAAUGGAAAGAAACUUCACACACUUGUUGUCUGUGAUAAUCUAACAUGAUGGGCACAGGUCUCAUAACUCUUAAUUACCUUUUUACAGAGUUAUGCCCCAUUUCUUACUGUCAAGUAUAGCAAAUAGUCCAGCAUGCUGUCUUAUGGACAGCUCUCAUUAUUUAUUAUAUGUGCUAGAAGAUUGUCACAAAAUCAUUUACUUUGGUCUGAGUAGAUGUAGAUAGUAUAGAUGUACCCCACUCUUCUGAGGGUUAAAAAUCAUCAUCACUCCUUAGUAUUUAGUCAUCCUCACUCUUUAGAGUUUAAUACUCUAUUCUGAGGGCAUAAACAAUUCAUUAUUGCUGCAGAACAAAGCAUUAUUUUCUAAAAUGUAGAACUUUGAGAUUAUAUUUUCAAUUGUUAUUUGUCGGUUUUGGCAGCAUUGUGAAUGAAAGGGAUUUAACUGAGAUUUGCAAUUCAAAUAAUGAUUGAUAUUGUUGACAAACGUUUUCUUGUGUGAAAGAAAACUGAUUAUUUCUCUUAAACAGGGUAUUUGUCAUAGAUAUUUCAAGUUUAAGUGUAUCAUUAGGUUAAAGUUUUGUUUUAAGUUUAUAAAAGAGGGUUCAAUGCAC